AAGCUCAUUUGGCUUUUACUUUCUAAUCAGCUGUUUUGUGAGGGAGGGACACCGUACAAGCUCGGUUCCCAAUGCAGAUCCUCCCGGUCCCAGGAGGCGCACUUGUGUGCUUCUUUCUGUACUUGUUUAUUGUCGGUUUCUCCAACGCGGGUGGCAAAACACUCGAGGUUGUCGGGGUUGGUGAGUGUGCAGAUUGUGCGGAGAAUAACUUGGAGACUAGCCAGGCAUUUUCAGGGCUUCGUGUAAACAUAGACUGCAAGCCAGAGAAUGGGAAGUACUUCAAGACACGAGGCUCGGGUGAGCUUGAUAAACAUGGGAAUUUUAAGGUGUCACUGCCCGAGGAGAUGGUUAAAGAUGGGGAACUGAAGGAAGAAUGUUAUGCGCAGCUUCAUAGUGUGUCGGCUGAACCUUGCCCCUCCCAUGAUGGGAUGGAGUCGGUCAAGAUAGUGUUGAAGUCCAGUAGUGACGAGAAACACAACUUCGGGUUGAAAGGAAAGCUCAGGUUCUCACCUGUAACUUGUGCUUCCGCCACCUUUUGGCAUCAUCCUCCGUUGCCAAAGUGGAACCAUCCUCCUUUGCCCACGUUUCCCAUUCCACCGUUAAAAUGGUUCCAUCAUCAUCAUCCGAUCUUCUCUCCUAUCUACAAGAAACCUCUUCCACCGUCGGUUCCGGUGUCUAAACCUCCGCCAGUUCCAGUAUAUGAAAAACCACUUCCUCCACCAGUUCCAAAAUACAAGAAGCCACAUCCUCCGCCAGUUCCAAUCUAUAAGAAACCACAUCCACCUCCAGUUCCAGCUUACAAGCCUCCAGUCAAUAAAUCUCCUCCAGUCCCCAUAUACAAGAAACCACAUCCUCCUCCAGUUCCUGUAUAUAAUAAACCAUUACCUCCGCCAGUUCCAGUGUACAAGAAACCUCCGACUCCAAUCUAUACAAAACCGCACCCUCCAAUUCCCAAGAUCCCACCGUUGCAUAAGAAGCCAUGCCCUCCCCUUCCUAAACUUCCUCCUCUCCCCAAGAUUCCUCCAAAGUAUUUCCACCACCAUCCCCUCCCUAAACUUCCUCCUUUCCCCAAGUAUUUCCACCAUCAUCCUAAGUUCGGAAAAUGGCCUCCAUUGCCUCCAUUUUCGCAUCAUCAUCCUUGAGCUUUUGUAGCGAUAAAACAAUAUCCUUCUGCACUUUUAAUAA